AUGAAGCUUACGCUGAACGCUUUGGCUAUUUUCGUGGCUGUCUCCGGUGUUUUGAGUUUCGUGUUUCUUGUCCUUGCUAUAGGAACGGAUUUUUGGUAUAUUAUCGAUACAUCCAGACUGGACCGCAACUCCUCACAUCUUAGUUCGCAUUCGGGGUUAUGGAGGACUUGCAACGCUCAAAACCAAUGCUGGCCAUUCAUAAACCCUUUUGGAAAUUCAAACAACUACACGAAUUCUGAGAGACAACUUCUUGGAAUGCACGGCACCUUCGUCAUCCUACUUCCUCUGAGCCUUAUAAUGAUGGCGGUCGGCGGCAUGGUCAGCUUCAUCAGCAUCCUGGCCCGGGCCAGAGUGAUGCUGCUACUUACCGCAGUUUUUCUCUUGUUCGGGGCCCUAGUCAGCCUGGCUGGCAUCAGCGUCUAUGUGGCAUACUCAGCAGCAGCCUUCAAGGAGGCCCUGUGCAUCUCUGGCAGGAAGACUCUGGAGGGCCUGGACGUCCACUUUGGCUGGUCUCUGGCCCUGGCUUGGAUCUCCUUCAUCACUGAGGUGCUCACCGGCGCCGCCCUCCUGGUGGCAUCUCGCAUCACUACUGUGCUCAGCAGGCAGGAACAUGCUAUUUGAGUUCGGGACCGAUCUUCGAAGAAACUCAACGUCAGUGUCAGCUUCUAGGGCUCGAAAACUGACACACACCUAACAGAUCACGUCCCUGAACCGGGUCUGGGAUUCAAAGACUCUUAGCCAUGAUCUGCUUUUGACAGUUCCAGUUUCCAAGCUAGUAUCCUAACAGUGUGGGCCAGAUAUUUUUUUUUUCUGUCGAGAAAAAUGUCUUACUGAUGACCUAUGUUUGAUUUGUUGUUGUUGCUUUGUGGAAACACUUAAAAGCUAGAACUAGUGCUGAAUUUUCAUAAAAACAUUAAGUGCAACAACAUCAAUUGCAUUUAGUGCUAGUAAUCCAGGAAGUUGCCUUUAUUAAAAAACGUAUCUCUAAGCCACGUAAUAAUCUUAAUCUUACCCCAGUUUUGUCCCAUCAGCAAAGGUGUAAUUACGAGGUUUGAAUUUCCCUUCUGAUAGCAGUACAACCUGGGGUAUAAUGAUUAUCAGGAAGGCUCACAGACGUGAAGGGGCGCCUGUACGAGCUGUGUUUGAGUUGCAUUAUCUGAAUCCCUAAGCAUAUUUCAGGCAAUAAAUUUGCAGUUUGUUUCAGCCUAUGAACCAUUCUCUGCAAGAAAGAGAAAUGCCAUUUUCCAGUAAAAUCAUGUGAAGUGU